AUGAUUAUGUAUAACAAAGGAUGGGAAUUGGAAUAUAGAAAGAUCCCAUACAUUUUAAAUGCCAUUGAUUUCUCUUACAACAAAUUUGAAGGGGAGAUACCAGAUAUCAUUGGGAAUCUUCAAGGGCUUUAUUUGCUUAACCUUUCCAACAACUUUUUGAAUGGUCAUAUACCAUCAUCUUUAGCAAAUUUGAAAACAUUAGAAUGCUUGGACCUGUCAAGGAACGUGCUCUUAGGAAAGUUACCUCCUGAGCUAACUACGCUCACUUCCGUUUCUUCUUUUAAUGUUUCUUAUAAUCAACUUGAAGGACCCAUUCCACGAGGGAACCAAUUUGAUACUUUUGAGAGCAAUCAAUAUGAGGGAAAUAGGGGAUUAUGUGGAGUUCCAUUGAAGAAGAAAUGUGAAAAUUUUGAGGCAUCACCACAAGAGCGUUCAAAUAUUGUGGAAGAUGAUGACGCAGGUUGCAUAUUUAAUGAGAACUUUUGGAAGUGGAUGAUAGUUUUGAUGGUUUAUGGAAGUGGACUCAUAUUUGGUUUGGUUAUUGGGUGCAAAGUCACCAGAAAAAAACAUGAUUGGUUUGUGAAGAUUUUUGGAAAGAAACAACACCACAUAAUGUGA